ACCGUUGCCAAGGCGACGGGAGAAGGGAGCGGGCCUGGGCGAGGGGGAGGAGGAGAAGAAAUAGGGGGGAAAAGGAAACUAAAAGACAAGCUAUUCCUGGGAGAAUUGCACACAGCAGCAGUAAAGUCGAUCAUGGAUCUCAUCCCUCUACUCAUUCCUAAAUGAGCUCAUUAGUUCUGCAUCACUCUGGAUCUCUACAAACGCAAUUUUCAUCCUUCACCAGCCGAAAAGUCAGCCGUCGAUCCGAGGUGAGGGCAGAAAGUAUUGACAAUAUGGUUGAUAAAAAUCAUCGCGAUCCAGAGAUAAUUAAGUUCAUUCCUCCAUUAUACAAGCAGCGAUACCAGUUUAUUAAAGAUUUAGUCGUAAAGCACAAACCCAAAAAGGUUGCAGACUUAGGAUGUGCUGACUGUUCACUACUGUGGAUGCUGAAAUUCUGCAGUUGCAUCGAGGUGCUUGCCGGAUUGGAUAUCUGUGAGAAUGUAUUGAAGGAGAAAAUGCACAGACUUACUCCCCUUCCUGGAGAUUAUCUACAACCCAGUGAGAGAACUUUAACCAUUACUUUACAUCAAGGUUCAGUUGUGGAGAAAGAUUCCUGCCUGCUUGGAUUUGAUUUGAUAACUUGCAUUGAAUUAAUAGAACACCUGGAGUCAACAGAGCUGCCCAAGUUCUUGGAAGUGGUGUUUGGGUUCAUGACUCCAGCCAUGGUUGUAAUCAGCACUCCUAAUGCAGAAUUUAAUCCCUUGCUUCCAGGAGUGAAAUUAUUCAGACACUCCAAUCACAAAUUUGAAUGGAACAGAGCCCAAUUUCAGAACUGGGCUUCAGCUGCAGCAGAUCACUAUGGUUAUUCAGUGGAGUUUACCGGACUUGGGACACUUCCUGGUGGAAGUAAGGAUGUUGGAUUUUGUACACAAAUAGGUGUCUUUAUGAGAAAUUCAACAACAGAUGAUGAAUUUGUCAAACAUGAGAAACAUGCAGAGCAUGCUUACAAAACUAUUUUUACCACAGUAUACCCUAGCCUGAAGGAUGAAAAAUACCUAAAGUUUGCAGUGGUCAAUGAAGUUGUCUUCCAAGCUGAAAAACUGAAGAGAAACCUCAUGGACAGCCUGAAGCUGGAGCAGUAUAGUGCUGACGAGGAAGGUUGGGAUGAGCCUCAGCGCAGAUCCCAGUCACUGGAGAGCCUCCCGAUUUUUGGCGAGAACACGGACGUCACCAAAAUGGACAGUCCACCCUUAGAGGAGGGUCCGCAACCCUUCUGCACCGGGGAUGUAAUUUACAUCCCUCUGGCUAAGCUCUUCUCUUUCCCCAAAGUGCAACGACUCUGCGGUACCUUGGAGAAUCUGCAGAAACUCCUCGCUGACAGCGAAGCCCUGAGCACCGACGGGUCGGCGUUGGUGGUGAACGCUGACAACCAAAGUGAACGUGAUUGGAAUGAUUAGCGGCUCAUCCUUUGCCUUUCCGCAAACUCUGGGAAUGAACGCCCCAUCUCUGCCGAGAUCUGAGCUGCCCACGGGGGGAACCUCAGCUUCACACUGCUGAUUUUUGAAUUUAAACAGGUUUCCGUAAAGCAGCGAUCGAUCACCUUCUUUGCAGCCCCCAGACUGCGGAAGGAGUGGCCCCUGUUUAGGCCGGGGGGGGUUUCAGUCCUUCGAUGAAAGGACAGAGUUAGACCCGAUAAACGGCGUGUUCAAGCUGGUCGUGGCUCACUAAAGUUGAAGAGGUUUCACAAUCUGUUUUCAGAGGGUUUUUUUUCGCUUGGUUUUCUUUUUUUGGAAUAGGGAGUUUGGGAAAAUUAUCAUGGAACCAGUUUUAAUUAGCACCGAGGCGUUUCUUUAGACCUUUUGUAUUUUGAUUCAUCGGGUUGCAUGGUUUCCUUAGGCCCCCUCGCCGCAUACCUGCAUCGUCAUUAUUCGGACACCUUUAUUUUGCCCUAUUGUGUGGCCUUAAAACUUUUUUUCCCCCCAGCUGAAGGGGUCCAGGCUCAGUUUCCAGGGUGCUGAGCGGUAUUACAGCUCGUUCGAAAGCAAACGGCUUGUGUCUUAGAACGGUGCUUCUCAUUUCCACUCUAAAAACAGCUCAGCGUGUUCCCGUGGCCGAGUAGCAGAACACGGGCACAAAACGUGAGCUUUAUUUUUGUGGAUGAGAGAAAACUGAUGGGGAAUCAUCAUGGGUGUCGAAUCUAUAAUCCUGUUUUUCCAGCCAGAGACCAGUAAUGAAAAAUAGGGGAGGCCUCCAGCGCUAACCUUUAGAAAACGCUCGUGAACAAGAAAAAAGCAAUAGGGAGGCUAAAGGGGAGAUUAGCAUUGGCUGCAAAUAGUUUCUUGUUUGUCUUUCUCUCUAUCCUGUCUGUCUUUUGACUCGUGAAGAAUGCGGAGACCAAAUCUGCAACACAUAUGCGACACCGGGGGCCGCGGUAACCAAGAUGGAUGGAUCAGAUCCGAGGGAUGUAUUUUCCUGGGUUACCUGGAUAGUUGAUGUUGACUGAGUUUUUUCCCCGGCCCAGGCUGCACUCUGAAUUUGGUUCUCGCUCGUUAUAACUUCUGCAGCAUUAAAUUAAGUUUGUUUCCACAGAUGGGAGCACAGAGCAACUUCACCUCAUCACAAAGUCAUGUAAGUUAUCGGAGGAUGUGAAGGAAGGGUAAUGAGAAGGAUAAAUAAUCUUGGCUCUCCUAGGAAUAAUGGGAAGUCUGAAACUCUCCUUCCUAUUUUUCCCUGUUUCCCAGCACAUGGAAAGUACUGAAACUUUUCAGCCGGUCAAAUAGUGAAUCGGCGAACGUUAAACUAGUUUUGUCAAUGACAUAUCAAAGCAGUGGUUUGGAGAGGAAACAUUCUCUACCAGAAAAUCACAGAGAGGAAAGUAAACCGUCUGGGGCCAGAUCUGUAACUGCUGCAAGCCCAAGGGAGGCCCGGGAAAAUCUUUUUCAGAAGAAGAGUUUCAGUGGUGAAACCGUUCUGUAGUUGAAGCACAUCGGCAGAUGUGUGUUGGGGAUUACAGAUAUCUAGGGCUGCAUCCAGACGGGCCGCACAAAAUCUGCUGCUUAAAAGAUGCUCAACAUUGGGGGCCAUCUACGUGGCAUUCCACCUGUCAAUUUGAUCCUUUGAACCAGCUGGCAUAAUUUGUUGAAAUUAAGCAGGAAGUACUUGAAGUAGAUCACAUUAUUUUUCAGCCAGUGUAGGCAUGGCUUUUUUAAUGAGUUGCCUUGGUCUUCAUAUCCUAUCCUCUGGGGCGAUGAUAUCGCUGAAGAAAAAAGCCAGCCGAGAGCUCCUCUCUGAUUAGAGGCCGACAUUUUAGACGAAAUGUCAGCGCGUUUAGCGCACGGUUCCUAAUUGCCUCUUCAACCCUCCUCUUGAACUGAACCACUGAUUUGAACAAAUGUGGUUGUGAAGCUCGGGACAGGAGGGUAAUCAAGGCAAGACGGUGGUCACGGGGAAAGACCGCAUCCCUCAGUAAAUGUAGAAGGCCAGUGAUGUGUUGGGUUCGUGAGAGCGGAAAAGGUUUGGCUAAUUUUCCUUCUUCAUUGUAUGGGGAACUUAACAUUAGGAUUCUUUUUUUACAACCGGUUCGGGUCCUUCGGCAUUUUCUGGAGAGCACACUGUUCCAGGUGUUCAA